AUGUUCACCCUAUCUCCAAAUCUCUCGAAUUACUUCGACAUUGAGUCCAAGCUCAUUAGCCUUGGUCACCUUGCUGGCCAGCUUGGAGGAUUUGUUGGUCAAAGUGAGAGUGUUAAGAAAGCCGUUAAGAAUGCUAUUAUCGCUGUUUUUGACACUAAUCAAGACCUUAAAAAUGACCUAAAAGAUGUUUACUCUUCUCUUGUUACUACCCUUUCUGAGUCUGUCAAGUCUGCUGGCCAGGCUGGUGACACCGCUGUAAUUAGUGAGCUAAAAAGUCAAGUAACUAGUCAAAUCACUGAGAUUAAUAUGCAACUUAAUAAGCCUAAUAACCUUAAUUAUAACUCUCCUUCUUCCCCCUCUUCCUCUGCUGAGCUAGCCAAAUUGCAGUCCAAGUUGGAGGCUUUGAGGAAAGUGAAGGAGCUUUGUGGAUUUUUGACUAAUCUUAAUAAUCAACAAAAUGAUCCUAAAAAUCUCUUAGAGAAUCUUUGCACCGGUCUCGAAACAUUCCUCGGCUUCAACGCUCAGUCCAAAGGCUACGAUGGCCAGGGCAUUGUGUACUCUGACUUGGAUAGGCUGUGUGACGGGGUGAUGGGAUUUUUGAGUGGUGUGCUUGGUGCGGUGAAAAACACUCAGACAUACAAUGUCGGUAAAAAUACAUUAAAUUCGGUAAGUAAUGAAAUUAACAAACAUCUUUGCUCAGGGCACGAUGGUUUCACUAAGCUUCUUCCCCGUCUGACUAAAGGGAUCGAGAAGUACAACACAGAAGUGAGAGAGUCCAAUGAGAAAGUCUCGGAUCCCAUUAAGGAACUCUUAAAAUUCACGCAUAAUGAUGGUAAGUUAGUUAAAGACAUUAAUAGAAUUCAGGCCGAGAAGACUAGCGAAUACGAGAGAGUUGAGAAGGCGGAAGCCUUGGUGAGGGAGUGCAUGAAGUCGUCGGCAAAAUUCUUUGCUAGCCUCAAAGAGGCCGAUGAAAAUAUCAAACAACUAAACACAGACUGCCAAUAUAAUGUGUACACCGCCAAAAACAAUGUGCUAUAUGAGACGCAAAGGCUGAAGGACUUUUCCGAGAAGAACAAGGGACAGGGUAAGCGGGUGAAAGGUAAGGAGAAAGAAAAAUUAGAUGAAUUGCUAAAAGCUGUUGAGAAUAUGCUUCAGAAACUUGGUAGCGAUAUAAAAGGCAGAAUUGAAAACGAUGUGAGAAUCCUCGUCAACAAGUUAAAAGAUGCAGUGAGUUUGAUAAUAAAGAAGCUGCAGGAAAUAAGUCAAUUGAUUGCAAAGUACUACUCUGCGCUGGAAAAGUGGACUGAAUUUGCGAAGGGUGAUCUCGAAGCGUCACAGAGGAAUUUCAAUAUCAUUUUAAAUGAGAUUAAUGAAGGCAGCGGUUCACAUCAAUAUAUUACGCAGGCCAAAUCGGCGGCACUCCAAAUUGAAAGGGAUGCCGUGCAACUGUACGAUGCCGCAGAUCACACUAAGAGGGAAGUUGAGAGACUGGUUGAGGAGGUCAAACAGAAGAUUCAAAAUCUGAAUGAGGCGCUUAGAAUCGAUUUGGGAGUUGUAAAACAGAAUAUUCAUACUGGGAUUUGGACAUAUGUUAGUAAGUAUGUUACAGCGGUACAAAACAAAAUUAAAGAAACGAUUACAGACCAAGAAGGUUUAUCAAAGAUUGAGACUGCAACAAAGGCGUGGGCGCAAACGUUUAGCGGCACGAGGAAUUUCGGCGAAAAAGUUAGAACUUGGAUUAAAGAGAUUUUGAAGGAGGAUGAGAUGGUGAAAGAGAAGUUGAACAUUUAUGUUGGAAAGGUUCAGCUUGCGCCGCAGUAUAAAACGCAAAGCGCAUAUGGUAUUAAUGACGGCAUUACCGAAAUGAUCGCAAAUCAGGUGAUUAUGAAACUUAAGGAAAACGAUGAUAUUAUUGAUACAGCUGGUGGCGACGUUGAUUCACAUAUUAAAGGUGAUGACGGGUCGACGAAAAAUAUUGAAAAAUACGUCACCGCCGUUUACCUGGGUUGUCAACAAUUUGCAGGCGGAAUCGAGUCAAUCAUUCAUGGUAAAGGACAGACAGUUGAUGACCCAAUGUCCAGGGGAAUCAAUAUAUUCGCCGGGGAAAUAGCUGAGAUAAUUGAGCAGCAAUUGCAAGUCUCUCAUUCCGGCAUCAACAGAUCAUACCUUACUGAAGCUGUAAAGCGAAUUUUGGCCGCACUUACAAUGGCCGCCAACCAGACGGCCGCCGAUCUCGAAUGGCUCAUCGGUGAAAGCGACGAAGAAGGUAACAUAGGUAAGAUCGACAAUUCGCUUGAUGUGCUUGGAAAGCUGAAUGCGGGACUUACCACAGCGUUGCUUACUCAAUACACCGGUGGCGGGGACUACGUUUCCACAAAACCUUUCGACACCAAGUCGCGGACGUUGAUUGAUCUUAAUGCCAACAUUGAAAAGACCAUUGAUAAAGAACUUAAGGAGAAGAUCGGAGAAACGGGGAAUGAUUCGAAAAUUCUUGAUCUAAAAAAACUCGCAAUAUACAGUGACGAAAGCGACCGUUACCCAGGCUCAAAGAAGAAACUUAACGACGCCGUCACAGCAGUAACCACCGACGGUUUGUCAUCUUUGGCAAGCACAAUCGGCAACAGUGGUCCUAUAAAACGCAAUACCUUCGACGAGCAGUUGCAACACGCCGUUGGUCAUCUCGACAAUCUAUGCACAACAAUUAAACGCGCCGGGAGAGAUGUCAACUUCUUUUUAGAUAGUCUCGGAAAAGGAAAAAUCGACGAUGACCUGGCUAAAAUUAAGAAAAGCGUUGACACGCUUCACAGCGGUCCGGUGGCGGAAGCCCUCAAAAUGGCCCGGGGAUUCGCAGACCACGCCGACAAGCUACGCAUCUCAACCAUCACCUCGCUGCACCAACAAGUUGACGAGGAGGUAAAGCAGUCCACAGCCACAUUCACCGCUUAUGCCCGAAAGCAAUAUGUCUGCUCCAUCAUGUCGUUCCUCGAGCAGUUCGCCGAGAAGGUAAACGAUGAACUAAAAACAUUGCCGCAGCAGAUCGACACCGACUUGACAUUAGGCUACAAAGGAUUCGUAAAAAAGAUGGAAACGCAUCUCCUGCCGGGACUCACCAUACCCCCAAACACCCCGCUCAAGGACGCCGCUUCGACCCUCAAGGCCAAGCUCACCGCUUUCAUGGAACAACUGCAAAAUCAAGCGGAUUUCAAGAAAUCGUUCGAGACCGUCAAACCGUCCCACACUGCGCUCCUCGAGUUACUUCAGCAGCUUCACGACUCCAAGCACUUCGGCCACCUCGUCCCUCCCAGGGUCAAUGCUCUGCUCGAUAGGCUCGGUGAGCUGUCGCCUAAGAAGUACAAGGAAGAGGCACAACCCAUGCUUGACACGCUGAAGGUUGGGUACGGAGCGUUUGCUGAGGAGCUUGACAAGGCCUACGUCUCGGUCUACGACGGCGCUAGCAAUAUCAACUGGGAGCAGGAGAAUAACCCGGAGACCACAUACUGCGCCAAAAUACUCCUCACGCUCCUACAGACGCUCUUCGACGGUUUGCAUGAGCUUCGUCAACACUGCGCAAUCAAAGCUGCCUGGGAGCACAAAACGAUUUCGCUAACCGAAGCUGCGCAACAUGGAAAUACGAUCACCAAUCCACUUGGUAGCUUCUUCAAGCGCUGCGGUUACACUGUCUGCUCAGGCCCGAACAAGCAUAACGGUGAGCUGCGGAAUACGGCGGAGUGCAGGGGCGGACAUAUUCACAAGAAGUUGGAUGGAGACAUAAGGGGCAUUGAUGGUCAAACGUACAAGCUUGUUACCGAAUACGACGAAAAGAAAGAUGAAGAAAGCAAGCAGCAACAUGGACUCCUCAAGAAGCUGUUCGACCACCUCCACGAUUACUACAGCGUUCGUCACCUAUCCACUUUCUCCGCCAAGACAUAUCCUACUUCCGUCUACGACAUGCUUCAGUGGCUUUGUGGUCUCACGUACAAUCCAGUCCACGAAACGCUCUCACAUGACGGAUUUAGUGCAUUGUUUGAGAAGCCAGAAGAUGGCGAAGCCAAGCAUCAUUUAAUAGAUGAUAUGCCAGUGGAACUUGAAGACGCAGACUCUUUGGAGGCAUAUCCACAGAAGAUCACAGCAGCGUCCUUGAGUGAUGCUCUGGCAGUGGUAUGUCACUACUCACAUGACGUGCUCACAACCAUUCUAGGCCACGGCCAUGGUGACGGUGUAUACGCGUGUGAGUUCAACACAAACAACAGAGCUCUAAUGUAUCCCAGCAAUAUGGACACCUUGCUUUGCAUGAUAUGUGACGUCGUCAACCGUCUCUACCGCCAGCUCCACUUCCUAUAUAACCAGUGCCAAUAUAACACUGAGCUCAGUGGCUGGCUUGAUUGCGAAUAUGGUCAAGGCGUCGGUGGCUCAGGUUGGCGGUGCAACGUCGACCAAUGUGCCAACCAAGCGUGCAACCAAAACAGUGGGCAAAGAGCCAACCAAAAUGGUAACCAAAGAGCUGACCAACGAUGCGACCAGCACCCUAAGUGCGGCGUCAAAUCUCCAUUGCAAUCAUUCCUCGAAGAUGGUUUGCAAGGGUUCCUACCGCAUCAACUCAAAUACGAAAAGGGCAAAGUCGUCUGUUCGGUUAAAGAUCAUUCCGGCAUAGAGUGUAUCACGCCUUUCGGUUUUUCAAGUAUCAGUCAUAGGGCAUCGCACAGGGCUACGGGGCAACGUAUCGUCGAUGUGCUUGCUGGUUACUGUGGUAAUCAAAUGUCUCCCCUCACUAGACUCUGCAGCUUAUUUAAUUGUGUUAUUCCUACUCCUCCCAAAACGCUUGGCCAGAUGUUUGGCUUCUACUACAGCUUGCUUGUUGACUGGGAUGACAGCAGUAAACGCAAUGCCAAACGUGAAGCACAUAGAGAGGCAGCAUUUAACAAAGCUGUUAGUGACGCCGACUUCGCAAAUCCCAAAACCACUUUGGACAUGACUUCGUUGUUCAGAAGCGGAAAACAUAAUCCCAGUACAGGCGACCAGAGUAGUACCCAUCUUACCGGCGAUCUCUAUGCUCUUGUUAAAUGCAACGGUAACCCAGCGUCAGAUCCAUCACACCCGUGCGGCGCAUAUCUUAGACCGUUAUGCUAUGAUACCUGUGCUAUGUUCUCCAAAGAGCACGCCGACAAGUACCUUUCAUGGAUCGUCUACUUGACGGAGACAUUCUACACUGCGCUUCAAAAGUUGCUAGAGGACUGCCAGAAAACGUGCGGUGCGGAUUCUAAGAAGUGCAAAAUUGGAAAAUGUAAGAAGGAUUGCGAAACAAAGGCGAAGCCACUUGCUCCAUCCUCGAAACACAGUGACGCCUGCAAAUCAAUUGUCGAGUGCGGGUACAUUCGUCCUACAUUCUUCAGAUAUGGUUUCAUACACAAUAACGUUAGCAGUCUCAGCGGUGUAUCAGGUGACGCACAUAAAAGGACCUGCACAGAUUUCUGCACAUUAUUGCAACUUGUGACGAAGGAAGGUAAUGUACUUUAUAACAUCGUAAACAAUACCAUACCCAAUUUCUUCUGGACGAUUAGACAGAAAUUCUUCUGGACCAUCCUCGCACUCUGGCUCCUCUCUCUCCUCUACCUGCUCCACAUCAUGGUCAUCCGCCUAGACCUGCUCCACAUCAAAUCGCAUUUACAUAGUCCCUCAUCACAUCGCAUCGCCGCGCAAUCACUGCUUGCUGCUGGACGCGUUAACAAGCUUAACAGGGUGUUUUACCUGCAACCAUAA